GGUACUUUCGAAGGUCACGAAGAUGUCCGAUCAAGCGUUGACUCGUUCUGGAGUUCCAAGUACUAUUGCAGUGCAGGAAGAUCCUCUGGUGUAUGAGAUUAAUCAUUCUAAAGAAAUUAUUCCGUGUAUCUCCCAGCUCUAUCGAAAUGAAGCAUUUAGUGAUGUUAUUCUAGUUGUUCAAAAUACUCGUUUUCCUGCUCACAGAGCUAUAUUGGCAGCUCGCUCUGAGUAUUUUAGAGCAUUGUUUUAUGGAGGACUUGCCGAGUCGUCUUCACCUGUCGUUUAUCUAAACGAUAUAAGUGUGAUUGCUUUCAAAAACAUCCUAAACUACAUUUAUACCGGUCAGAUGAAAUUAACAAAACCUAAGCUUACCCUUAGUAUCCUGUGUCUGGCUCAUCAAUAUAAUUUUCGUAGUCUGGAAACUGUUAUAUCUACUUACUUAACACAUUCUCUUUCUGUGAAGAAUGUAUGGUGUAUCUAUGAUAUGGCUAUAAUGUAUAACCUGGAUGAUCUCAUAACGGCUUGCCUACGGUUUUUAGACUGCCUUGCACCUGCUCCUUUAUACAAUCCACGAUUUCUUAGGCUAUCACAGUCAUCCGUCGAACGUUUACUAUCUCGUGAUAGUUUCUAUGCCUCUGAAAUUGAAAUAUUUCGUGCUGUAUGCUCAUGGUUACAAAAUUCUAAAGAAUCCAACUGUCGAACAUUGCAAACCUUACAUUUAUCAAAUAUCCCUGUAAUAACUACUGAUAAUAAUAAUGGUAAUAACGAUAGUAAUAAUAUGGCCGAACAAACUAGUUUAUCAACUGAAAAGAAAGAACCAAACACCAGUUGCUUAGCUCAAAAUAAUACUACGACAAUAUCAUCGUCGAGUUUGCCAAUGAACAUGGAAAGAUCACCACCGAUUACAGGUAAGUCAAUUGCACUUGUUAACCUUGUCCGUUACUCAGACUAAUUUAUCCUCUAAGUAGGAGUUUUGAUUGGCAAGGUUUUCAAUAUCAGUCGUUAUUAACAGUGAAGGUUUCUACAAAGGAGUGUAGAUAUUUACCAACAUUUAAUUAUUAGGACGAAUGUCCGUUUACUGAAUGACAUCAUCAACAACCUACUGUGUUAGAGAACAUGUUAGCUUCCAAUUGAUGAGAAAAUUGGGAAAAGUCGUUGGAGAUAGGUAUAACCUACAUUGAAAAAAACAUAACUCUGCAUUGUGAGUCAGUUCCUAACUUGGAAUUGUGCAGGGCAAAUGAAAAGAGGUAGACCAAACAACACACUGCACCGAGAAUUGGAAGCAGACAUGAAAAGAAUGAAUAGCAACUGGAAAGGAUUACCCAAGACGGAGUUGGAUGGAGAAUAUUGGUGGGUGGUCUAUGUUCCUCCAUGAGGGUUAACAUGUGUAGGUAAGUAGGUUAUGGUUCAUGGAAUACUAUAGACACUAAACUGAACGCUAGUACUUUUCAGGUUUUAAAUUUGUCGACACAAUGUCCCAUGAAAUAUCUGUCAUUCUGUGUUAUUGCUUCUCCAUUCCUCUCCAUGUCAAUGCCAAGUUGCUAUUCCGUGCCGCAACGUGAACUAAUUAGAAAUGUUUAUAAAAAAGAUUCAAUUUUGUAAUUAGUGACGAAAGAAAAACAGCAAUCCUGUGAACAAACUGAGUUUUAAGUGACCAAGGCAUUUAACUUAUACACAAGUUGUUGAUUCCCACUUUUUUAUUUUAUGAUCAAGAUGCUGAAAACGACGAACAGUCAUCAGCAAACGGUUGUAUGACUACUACCUCAGAGAAGUCUCGUUGUACUCAUAUGAUGCAUCGAUGUGUUCGUUUCGAGUUGAUGUCACUUACUGAAUUAUUAACUGAGGUACGUUCAUCAAAACUUGUUAGCUCAGAAGAACUAUUGGAUGCAAUUAACCGACAAACUAAUUGUCCUACUGAAAUGCCUCAUCGUGGAUGGCUAUUACCAGGUGUUAACUUAGCAUCUCCUCGUUUCGGUUGUUCACUAAUUGCUGGUGAAAAUGGAACAUAUCCACAUUUUUUUGUUGAACAUUCUCUUGAUUCGGAUGAAUUGAAUGUAAAUAAAUUGGAUAUUGAAUCUUUGAAGAUAAGUGAGGAUGUUAGUUCCAAUGUAGACUAUUCCGAGAGAAAUGUAAUUCCCGGUGAUACUAACGAUGACAGUGACAUUAUUGAAGAUGAUGAUACAGACGAAGAACAAGACGAGAUUCACUGUAGAUCUCAUCAUUUCCAACAACAAAAUAAUGAUCAAAUUCAGGCACCAACUAUGGACAUGAUGUCUGAUAUCUCAGGUCAUUUACUCAGUCGUCAUCAUGAUCAUGUUCAAUUACCUCGAAGUUCUUUACCAGAAAGCGUAGUUUGGGGCAUAAACCAUACAGUUAACAAUAAUUUUUGGAGUUCUUUACAUUAUCCAGAUAAUAAUCAAGUAUGGUCAUCUAAUGCUCAAGAUCACACUCAACAUAAUGGUUUAAAUGUUACUCCAUUUGACGGAACUAGCAUUUUAAAUACUCCAACAACGCCACGUAUUAAUAACUGUGUGAAUGAUAAUAAACCAGCCCGUUGGAUUCAACCAUCUCCAAGACGACGUGUUAGUCAGCAUAAACCACCACCACCGCAUUCAGAAUAUGAUGUAGUGCGUCAUUCGUUGAAUGAUCCUAAUGCUAAUAUUAUCAUUCGUUUGGGUAAACCUAGUAUUGUGAAUACUAUACGCAUGCAAUUAUGGGAUCAAGAUUUACGUUCUUAUUCAUAUAUUAUUGAUGUAUCAUUAGAUCAAUCCACUUGGCAUCGCAUUGUUGAUUAUCAAAAUUAUAUGUGUCGUUCAUGGCAAACAUUAUAUUUUCCAUCACGUGUUAUCCAUUUUAUUCGUAUUACAGGAACAAGAAAUACAUUUAAUCGAACAUUUCAUUUAAUUACAUUCAGAUGUUUUUAUAGUGAGAAAGUAUUUCAACAAAUAGAUGGAUUUAUGGUUCCGACAUUUAAUGUUGCAAAUGUCGAUCAUGGUGCUACUGUUCUAGAAGGUGUCAGCCGAAACAGGAAUGCACUAAUUGACGGUAAUAUUCGAAUGUACGAUUGGAAUUCUGGUUAUACAUGUCAUCAAUUAGGCAAUGGUGCUAUAGUAGUUCAAUUAGCUCAACCAUUCUUAUUACGUUCAAUGAGAUUUUUGCUAUGGGAUUUAGAUUCACGUACGUAUUCUUAUUCUGUGUUUAUAUCAAAUGACCGUGUUGAUUGGAAACUUAUACGUGAUGCUUCUACAGAACCAUGUCGUUCUUGGCAAAUAAUUAAAUUUCCGUUGCAGUUAGUAACAUUCAUUCGUGUUGUUGGCUCAUACAAUACAGCUAAUGAUGUGUUUCAUUUGGUCCACUUAGAAUGUCCUUAUCCUCCAGUACAGACAACAGAGGAUACUGUUGAGGCAAAUUUUGCAAAAAUAUCAAAUACACCCAUGAAUACAACAAUAGAUCGUAGUAAUAAUCAAGAAAUCGUAACACAUUCAACUCCUACAACAGUAGUAGUAUUAACUCAACCUAAUAGUACAAAUGAUAAUAGUAACCAUAUGAAUGAAUCUCAUUCAAUAAUAAAUUCAAAUGAUCCACCAAUUAUUAACACUAUAACAUCAUCAGAGCAUUUAUUACUUAAUUCUUCUGGUAAUAUUAGACCUAUAUCAAAUAUUCAUAAUACUUCUAAUGAUCAAUUAAAUGAUGAAGCUAUAUCAUUAAAUAAUAAUGAUCGAUCAUCACAUUCAACCAAUAUGACCAUUGUUCAUACAGAUUAUGAUCUAUUACCCGAUCUAUCACAUCAUUCAUUUCAUCCUACAUGAAAAAUAUAUUAUUCAUUUACAUUCUUUUUGAUACUUAUUCAUUUCUAUUAAAACUAUUAUACUUAAUCACCAUGACAUUAAAAUAUAUGUAUAUUAUAUUGUAUAUGUCAUUUCUUACAUGGUUAGUUUUUCUAUAAACUUUCAAUCCAUCCUAACAUAAAUCUAUUUUUACUGUGAUCCUGUUCUGUUUUUUAUCACAUACCCUUCCAUUUCAACAAGAUAAGAUUUAACUUUAUUUUACAUCAGGUAUAUGAGUGUAUCAUUUAUUUUAUUCAUUAUGUAACCCUUCACAUACAUGUCAUGUUCCCAUUGUUGAUUUGAUUUUUGUUUUGUUCUCACAUUAAAACUUUUCUGCUAAAAAAAGUUAGGAUGAAACUGCUGUCCAUCCAGUGCUUCCAGGUUUUCCAUGGUGGUCUAACUUCAAUUAACUUAUGAUCUGAACUAUUGAAAUUACAAUAAUAUCCAC